CUGUCAAGGCCUGAGCUAGAGACUGAUCCUUACUGCAGGAGCCAGUAACAUCUCACUCCAAAUAGUUCUGCCUUGUCCAGCUCCUUAUAUUGCAUGUUAAGGGGACAUCAUCUCUGCUCUUCAAGAAGAGCUUGGGAAGGAAGGAGGGCUCUUUCAGCUGAAGGCCUCUGCACAAGAACAAGAAGGCUGGGAAUGGUACAGUCCUCCCUCCAGCACCCGUUGCUCCGUGGAUGUUGCUAGAAGGCGAAGGCAUCAGCGCAGGCUGCGGAGGCUGCAGCGGUUGCAGCCAGAGCCGAGACAUCCUGGAAGAGGGGCUGGAAGGGACCCGGUGAGGAGGCUUGCACCCAGCUACGGCCCUCUCCCUCCUGCUGCCGCUCGCAGGGUCCGGCAGCGUCAUUAGUGAGGAGCCAUGACCCAGGGGAAGCUCUCUGUGAACAACAAACCCCCAACUCCGAGGGGCAAGGGGAGAAGAAGGACAAUGCCACGGCUCCACCAGCUCCUCCGACCUAUGAGGAGGCGACAGCGGGAGCAGGGAUGAAGUCUGGUGCUUACCCUCCUCCCCCAUCGGUCCCGCUCCACCCCAGCUGGGCUUAUGUCGACCCCAGCACGAGCCCGAGCUACGGCAGUGGUGGGUACCCAGGGGACACGGAGAUGCUCACAACCUUCAGCUGGGAUGACAGGAAUGUGCGCAGAGUGUUCAUCAGGAAGGUUUAUGCCAUCCUGAUGGUCCAGCUCUUGGUCACUGUUGUUAUUGUGGCUUUCUUCACCUUCUGCGAGCCGGUCAAGGGGUACAUUCAGACGCACUCUGCCUGGUAUUGGGCUUCCUAUGCUGUUUUCUUUGUGACCUACUUGAUUCUUGCUUGCUGCUCUGGACCCAGGAGGUAUUUCCCAUGGAAUCUGAUCCUGCUGAGCAUCUUUACACUCUCUAUGGCUUAUCUCACUGGGAUGCUCUCCAGUUACUACAAUACCAAGUCGGUCCUUCUGUGUCUGGGGAUCACAGCCCUGGUGUGCCUGUCUGUCACGAUCUUCAGCUUCCAGACCAAGUUUGACUUCACCUCCUACCAAGGCGUCCUCUUCGUGAUGCUCAUGGUGCUCUUCUUUGGUGGCAUCAUCCUGGCUGUGAUACUGCCCUAUCAAUAUGUCCCUUGGCUCCACGCGAUCUAUGCUCUGCUUGGUGCCAUUAUCUUUACUAUGUUCCUGGCAUUUGAUACCCAGAUGCUGAUAGGGAAUCGUCGGUACUCGCUGAACCCAGAGGAAUACAUCUUUGGAGCCCUCAAUAUCUAUCUGGACAUCAUCUACAUCUUCUCCUUCUUCCUCCAGUUCUUUGGCUCCAGCCAGGAUGUGGUGUAACUUUGCUGCUGCCUGAGCUGCUGCUGUGUCCCCGCUUUCUGCUCCUGCGUGGGAAAAGCUUGCAUGGCACCUGCUCCAUCUCCAGGCCACUUGAGUGGGGACGGCUUGCUGCCCUCCCAUGCCCCUCCACAGGGCUCCCUUCUUGCAUGUGUCCUGCUCCCUCUUCUGCGCUGACACCAUGGCUUGCAGUCUAUCCAAGCCAGACCUACCAAAAGCACUUGGACUGAAGCAGUGAGUAACAUGUACAUGCUCAGAGAGGUGGAAGUCCUCAUGAGGCUGAGUAACACAGGAUUAGGGGUGGGAUAUAGCUAUAGGCAUGUUCCUCCUGGGUUCCCUGACCAUCUGCGCAGGGGAGGUGCAGGGCUGCUUCUCUUCCUCUGUGUGGAUGUCCUUUAUCUGAGGUCUGCAUCAUCCGGACCCUGACUCUGUAUCCCCCUGCUCCUUUUGUCCGGCCAUUCGUAUAAUUUCAUUGUAAAUAGGAUUUUGUAUUUUCUCUGAACAUUGCUAAUAAAUUGUUGCAAAACUGUUA